GGACUUCAAGUACCGCCGUGCCUUGCGUCCAGCCGUCCUCCGGCUCCAGGCCUGAGCACCGCCUCCGAGCAGGGCGGGCGAGAAGGCAGCCGAGGCGGAGCUCAUGGCUGCACUGAGGGCGUGGCGGGGUACCGGCUGGAGCCUCCGGGGGUGGCGGGGUGCCGGCUGGUGCCUCCCGGCCUGGCGGGAUUUGGGGGGCUUUCUCUGGGGAAAGAGACCCUGGUUGACCCCUGACCUUAGGGCUCUGCUGACGUCAGGAACUCCUGCUCCGCGGGCCCGGUUGACUUGUGGGACUCCCAGUCUCCUGGCUCGGUUAUCUGUGGGGGUCCCCGAACCACGGGCAUGCCUGAGGUCUGGGAUCCCGAAUUCCUGGGCACGAUGGACUACAGGGGUCCCAGAUCCCCAGACCCAGGAGGUCUCGGAGACCCCUGGAGCUCGUCCGCGUGUGUGGCUGGCGGUGGCGCUGGGUGCUGGGGGGGCAGUGCUGCUGUUGCUGUGGGGCGGGGGGCGGGGUCCUCCAUCUGUCCUGGCCGCGGUCCCUGCCCCGCCGCCCACCUCUCCUCGGAGCCAGUACAACUUCAUCGCCGAUGUGGUAGAGAAGACUGCACCUGCCGUGGUCUAUAUUGAGAUCCUGGAUCGGCACCCUUUCUCGGGCCGCGAAGUCCCUAUCUCAAACGGCUCGGGAUUCGUGGUAGCUUCGGAUGGGCUGAUCGUUACCAACGCCCAUGUGGUUGCUGAUCGGCGCCGGGUGCGAGUGAGGCUACGUAGUGGAGACACAUAUGAGGCUAUGGUCACAGCUGUGGAUCCCGUGGCAGACAUUGCCACGUUGAGGAUUCAGACCAAGGAACCUCUCCCCACACUGCCACUGGGAUGCUCAGCCGAUGUCCGGCAAGGAGAGUUUGUUGUUGCUAUGGGAAGCCCCUUUGCACUGCAGAACACGAUCACAUCUGGCAUUGUCAGCUCCGCUCAGCGUCCAGCCAGAGACCUGGGACUCCCCCAAACCAACGUGGAAUACAUUCAGACUGAUGCAGCUAUUGAUUUUGGAAACUCUGGGGGUCCCCUGGUUAACUUGGAUGGGGAGGUGAUCGGUGUGAACACUAUGAAGGUCACAGCUGGAAUCUCCUUUGCCAUCCCUUCUGAUCGCCUUAGAGAAUUUCUACUUCGAGGGGAAAAGAAAAACUCCUGGUUUGGAAUCAGUGGAUCCCAGCGCCGCUACAUUGGGGUAAUGAUGCUGACUCUUACUCCCAGCAUUCUAGCUGAACUACAGCUGCGAGAACCAAGUUUUCCAGAUGUUCAGCAUGGUGUACUCAUUCAUAAAGUCAUCCUGGGCUCGCCAGCACACAGGGCUGGUCUACGGCCUGGUGAUGUGAUCUUGGCUAUUGGGGAACACCUGGUACAAAAUGCUGAAGAUGUGUAUGAAGCUGUUCGGACUCAAUCCCAGCUGGCAGUGCGGAUCCGACGGGGAUCAGAAACCCUGACAUUAUAUGUGACCCCUGAGGUCACAGAAUGACUGGAUUAACAAGCAUAUGGGGCCCCUGCACUGAUUUCCUUCCUGCCUUCCUAGCCUCGGUUCUGAGGGCACCUGGGCAGAGGAGUCAGUGAAACAUUGGGGGCAGGUCCCUCCAACUCCAGUACUGACCCUAGGGUCCGAAGAAUUGAACACUUUUUAUAUAAAAUAAACUUAUAUCUAGUAACA